CCUAACAGCGACGCGCCCUCGCCCAGCUGAUUGGAGUGGGCAGCCUAGCCGUAUAAAACGUCCUCCGAGCUGGAUCACCAACCCAAAGUGACCCAGAGAGGGUCGAGCUUCGCCUCCUGAGACGACAUGACCACCGGCGGCGACGCGAUUCCCGACGCGCGCGCCCGGAGUCGGGCGCAGGUGCCGGGUCGGUCCCCCAGCGGCUCGCGCCCACGCGGCUUCGCCAUCACCGAUCUGCUGGGCUUGGAAGCCGAGCUGCCCGCGCCCGCGGGCCCUGGGCCGGGAUCGGGCUGCGAGGGCCCAGCGGCGGCUCCGUGCGCUGGCCCCGCACUCGGCGGCUCCUGCCUGGCGCGCGGGGCGGUCCCGUUGGGGCUGGGCCUCCUCUGUGGUCUGGGUGCACCACCGCCCGCCGCCGCUCCGGCGCCCUACCUGCUGCUGGCCGACGUGCCUUUCCUGCGGCCGGCGGGGCCGGAGACAGCCGCCCCGCAGCUCCCCGGGCGCCGGCCGCCCGCGCCGGGCAACCAGAAACUCAGCGAGAGCGCCUCGACGUCCGAUGAGGACAGCCCGUCUGAGGAGAACAGUGACUUGAAGGAGUCCCCCAUUCUGGGCAAGAGGAAGAAGCGGCGGCACAGGACGGUUUUUAGUGCCUUGCAGCUGGAAGAGCUGGAGAAGGCGUUCAGCGAGGCCCACUACCCUGAUGUGUAUGCCCGGGAAAUGCUGGCCAUGAAAACUGAGCUCCCAGAAGAUCGAAUCCAGGUCUGGUUUCAAAACCGGAGGGCCAAGUGGCGCAAGCGGGAGAAGCGGUGGGGCGGCAGCAGCGUGAUGGCCGAGUACGGGCUGUAUGGGGCCAUGGUGCGUCACUGUAUCCCGCUGCCUGACUCCGUGCUCAAGGCGGCUGAGGGCGGUCUGCGCGGGGCCUGCGUGCCCUGGCUCCUGGGGAUGCAUAAAAAAUCCACGGAGAUGGUAAGGAAACCAGGAAGUGAAGACCGGUUGGCACGACUCUGGGGCCCUGACCAUCUCCAGGAAGGCUCCAGCCAGAGUCAGGCAGGGCAGCAAAGAGGCUUGGACAAGGAGAGCUCCAAGAAUGCCUUGGAAGACGUAGCCAUGGAUCUCUCCAGCUCUGCCCGGCAGGAGGCCGAGGAGGUGCAGUGUGCGGCAGGUGCCCGAGGCUGCUCCGACUCCACAGGGCUGGACAGGCUGCAGCCCAGGAAGCUGGGAGCCUCGAGAGACCCACAGGUCCCAGCCACAGAGGCUGCAGAGAGCUGUAUCACCCCAGGGCGUUUUCAAAAGAAAAAAGUGGUCUGAGACAAAUAUUCUCAUUUUUACUUUCUCCUUAUGCAACAUCACCUACUUUAAGAGGACAGAUGGGUGACUUAGGGAAAAUCCCAUUGCAUUCUAGAAUGGAGACUGUUCCUUGAAGGCACAUGAACCAGCAAACUGGGUGUAAAAUUCCGAUUCUGUUUUGUAGAACUUGAUCAGGGAUCUGCUGCUGGGCACCGUUUGAGAUGUUCACAUACAGUGUAUAGAUUAAUAGGUUAGGGCUGACGUCUGAGCUCUGAGUUUGAAAAUACGAAUACCUGUGACCUUGGGAAGAAUCAGAUGUCUUGGUAGUGAAGACUCCGUGCAGACCCACGUGUGAAUUCUAGUAUCUUCAUCUUGAACUUGGCCUUGGCUAUUUCCCCUCUCUUGUUAAGGGGAUGCUUCUGUGUUCUUCCUAGCAUCAUUUGCCAGGCUAUGUGCAGUGGGACUGAUGAACAAAACAGCAAGAGAAUGAAAGCCAUGUUUCCUCUCCCCUUCCAUAUUGCAGGAGGCCAUAUUCAGCAGCUGUUGGCCAAUGCAGAAAGGGUGUUUCAAGGUCAGACCAGUCUCCUUGGUCUUUCAAAAUUUAUAUUUGGAAGCACUUUAGUGACUUGGGUUUCAUGAAUGUUUCCUUUCCUGGGUUUCCUUUGUCAAUUAUUUAUUAUUUAAAAAUAAAUGUUCUGUGGAGUG